ACGCCAUUAAUAAAGAGUGCCAAAAGGCUGCGAGGCUCGCUGCUUCCUCCAGAGCCACUUUCCCUCCAUGUGGGGCUGAUAGCAGUUGUUUUGAUUAUUAUCCAGAGAGUUUUAGUGAAUCGUUACCGAGCACUCGCGUUUCUAUCCGGACUACUGUGAAUGUAACAGGCGCCAGAGCACCCAUGAUGCCUGACUUACGAGACAUGCGUUUUAUGAUUUCUAGACUGCGAUGUUCGCUGGCGUUACACACAGGUUUGGGGGACACGGGGAAAGAACUUAGCUUUCUACCGCUCAUACCGAUUCGGGUCAAGAAACAGCCCUCUACAGACUUUCCAAAGAAAGGGCGUACUAAAACACAGCCAUCCUCUUCGAAACAAAACUCAGCAGGGAAGAUGAACAGUGAUAACGGUGUAACACAACCUGCUUCCUCGAAGACUAACGAGAAAGGUUAUUGCACGGGUUGUAAAGCUUGGACAAAUUCCAAGACGAAAAAGAAAACAAAUUAAGAUUUGAAAAAAAGGGGAUGAGUUGUGAUAAAAAGUAUAGUGGUAAAACUUUAACGAUGAGUGUUGGACGUUGCGAUGCGGCGUCGAUGCCGGCAAAUUCAUGCCCACCAAGUGACAGAUGCAUACCAGUAUCAUCAACCUUCGUGUUUGCAACUGUCCUCAAUUGUAAUCAGUCUGUUUUAUUCAGCAAUACGAACCAUGUGAUGGAGAUAUUAAAGCAAAAGCGGUUUAUAGGCGAGGACGUAUCACCAAACUGAGACAUGUUUCCUCAGUACUCUACAAAACUAUUGCAGUCACUUCCGCAGUCGGCAUAUAUGAAAAGCGAAUGACCUUAUAUCAUAGCAUUUACUCCGUUUGUUUUCUAACAAAAUAAACAGUAGUCAACUAACCUCCAUAAAAGGUAGUUUAGAGUAGACGGCGGGAUUCUUAUGUCACUUGUAAAGAGGCCAAGAUCAAUAUAAAAGGAAAAUAGAGUAUCUUGAAUUGUUACGAAGAUUAUGAAGUGAAACAUCUUACUUUUAAUAGUUUUCCGUAAAACUACAUAUUAAGCGAAUACACGGUUAUGUUAUAGUCGGACCUGUUUUAAGCGGCACCGUUUUAAGCGUUCACCCUGUCAGUAAGCGGUCGGUUGUCGAAGUCCUCAAACGUUUACAACUUAACUAGUGUAAUUUUCACCUCUGUUAAAACGGUCACCUCUAUGGCUAAGCGGUCGUGUUCACCCUUUGCUGAGUCCCAACGGUCUGCCUGUUUUUAUUGUCUUCCACCUGUAAUGAACGGUCACUUAAGUGGGACCAGUCAAAUAAAUCUAAGAAUAAUCUUUCACGUAUAUAAUUUCAUCCAUAUAUUUUUACCGAAAUCAGUGUUGGUAGAAUUGUCGAGCGAAAUUAAGUGGUCAAUCAUAGCAUAAAAUGACGGU